AUGGCUGCUGACGUGAGCUCUCUGUUUCGGGUUCUAAAUGGGUACAGCGACGAUCAACAUCUGAGUUUGGGGAGUGAUUCUAGUGGGGAGAAAUCAACGGCUUUGAUUACACGAGACUUGCUUGGUGGUGGGUCUUCUUCCAAGCUUGCUAACGAGUCCCAGGAACUGGACCUCGACUUGCAGGUCCCUAAUGGCUGGGAAAAGCGCUUGGACUUGAAGUCUGGGAAAGUGUAUCUUCAAAGGUGCAGUGCUCCAAAUUCACUUUCAAUCUCAGAUCAGAAGAACCAAACCAAUCCAACAGUUCCAAAGAUGCAAGAUUUAAAUUUCCCUCCAUCAUCCUCCUCAAAAAUCCCAUUAAGUCUCUUUGAUGACACAAGCACCAGCCUGGAAUUAAAAUUAGUUCCCUCAUCACCACCCUCACGCAAUUACCAGAGCCUAUGCACUUUGGAUAAAGUAAAAUCAGCCCUCGAAAGGGCAGAGAAAGAACCGAUCAAGAGGCGAUCUUCGUCGAUGUGGAAGUCAUCGUUGUCAUCAUCACCAUCGUACUCAUCGUCUUCGUCAUCCAUCAAAGAAACUCAGGAGGAAGAGAGUGAGGAAAAACUAUUUGCAUCACCAUUUGCAGCAGGGUGUCCUGGUUGCUUAUCUUAUGUACUGAUAAUGAGAAAUAACCCGAAAUGUCCUAGGUGCAAUUCUGUUGUCCCAUUGCCAAUGAUGAAGAAACCUCGGCUUGAUCUCAACAGAUCAACUUGA